CCUUUUCUAUUUGCAGGAAAAAUGAAUUGCGUUGAACGUGUUAAAGCUUUCCUCGAAAGAGGUAAAAAAGCUUUCCGCAAUAUAACGCAAACCAAACCGAAACGGCUGGCAACAGUGAGGCCACCACACGCACCGAUUCGAUUCUCGAUAACACCAAUCGGUAUAGGAUCUUACACAUUCCCGACUGGAUUCUACGAGUGCUACGUCUCUGAGCCAGAGGGGGAAAACAACGCACAGAAAAUAACUCUCCUGCCUACUAAUAAAACACUUUUUUCUGCAUCUGAAGUACCAGUCACAGCAGAAAUAACAGUAACAACAGUAGAAGAAGCCGCCACGGAAGCCGUAAUCGCAAGUUGCAGUCAUAACGAUGAUGAUGAAGUUGAGGAAAAUGGAUAUGGAUACGACGAUUAUUACGACGAUGUUCGCCAGUACUAUGACGAUUAUGAUAAUGAUUAUGACGAUGAUUAUGAAAAUGAUUACCACGUAUAUGAAUACGAUGAUAAUGAUUAUGAUGAUAAUGAUUAUUACGAAGGCGUUGAAGACUGUGAUAACGAUGUUGGUGAUAAUAUAUCUGUGAUAAUUAAAAACGACGAAGGCAACGACAACAACAACAACAGCAAAAAUGAUGGUGACCAGAAUGAUGAUGACGAUGAAAAUAACGAUAACAAGAGUGAUAAUGAAUCUGAUGAUAAUAAUAAUAAUGAUGAUGAUAACGAUAAAAUCAACAACAAAGAUAAUGAUAAUGAAGAAUUUGUUAUUAUUGACAAUGACGGUCAAACCAACAAAAAAGAUAAAAAUGAAUUUAGUGAUGAUGACUUUGUUAUCAUUAAUAACGAUGAUGAUAACGAUAAAAUCAACAACAAAGAUAAUGAUAAUGAAGAAUUUGUUAUUAUUGACAAUGACGGUCAAACCAACAAAAAAGAUAAAAAUGAAUUUAGUGAUGAUGACUUUGUUAUCAUUAAUAACGAUGAUGAUAACGAUAAAAUCAACAACAAAGAUAAUGAUAAUGAAGAAUUUGUUAUUAUUGACAAUGACGGUCAAACCAACAAAAAAGAUAAAAAUGAAUUUAGUGAUGAUGACUUUGUUAUCAUUAAUAACGAUGAUGAUAACGAUAAAAUCAACAACAAAGAUAAUGAUAAUGAAGAAUUUGUUAUUAUUGACAAUAAUAAUAACAAUAACGAUGAUGAAGAAGAUUUCGAUGAUUGUAACGAUGAAGAUGAGGAUAUCCUCUCCGCAGCUCCGACAAGUUAUAACGAUACAACGACGAUGAAUAAUAACAGCACUAGCAGUUCACAGUGCCUUUUAAUGUAA